GUAUUGUAUACAGACUUAAUCUUCUCUCCCUUUUAAGUAGAGACGAGAUCCGCCUUUUAUUUGAAAGAGUUCCUUGCCGGACCAAGGUCACAGCCUCGGCUCCGACGUAAGGCUGGCCACUCAAACCUUACCACCAUACCUGUAUUAAUACCUGACAUGUCCUCGUGCCCCCAUCUCGUCCCAUUCCUACACACCACCGCUAGGUCGAGUUCGAUAGGGAAAGACAUACAUCAUGUGGAAGCCAUCUGUGAAUUUCAUUACCUUGCACUAUGCUUGGAUUCUUUCCAUGGCCCUGCUCGGGUUCAUCGUCAUCGGGCCCCGUCGCAAUAUUGCCGCCAUAGACGCGUUCUUCUUCGGCGCCAGCGCCGCCACCGAGUCGGGCCUGAACACCGUCGACGUGAAGGAUCUGGAGAUCUAUCAGCAACUCUACAUCUACUUCAUCCCUAUCAUCACCAACCUGGGCUUCAUCAACAUCGCUGUCGUCGUGGUUCGGUUGCACUGGUUUCGAAGACGCCUGAAAGAUAUAGCCUCUUCCCGAUUGAGGCCUAGCUCGGCAACAACUGCCGCUAUCACCAAUGACCGCGAGACUGACAUCGAGGCCAACACAGAUAGCCCGGCGUCUGUGGCCCAGAGUGAAAGUGAGCCCACGGCCCAUGGUCGUGUCCCCAUAUCGAUAUCGGCAAAUCGGAAAGGAGCCGUAACGAACGACGAGGCCGACAACGACGAUGUGCGGGAGCAAGACUCAGAUAGCCGGCACAAUAAUAACAAUCUAGACAACGUCCAGGGGCCGUCCAGCAUUAGCUUCCCGGCCGACUUGGAGAAGCCCACUCGGGAGUCUCGCGUGCUGUAUAUCCCGCCGCCCAGAGAACGCAACAAGGGCCAACCCAUAGUGGAGAGGGAUGCUGCCGUUAGCGACGAUGGAGAUGACGACGAAGGGGAUGCCACCAAGUCUGCGGAUAUUAUAAACGGGAACGGGGUAACGCGCAGGCGGCCGUACAGGCGCGAAGGUGCCUCUGUGCCCCCGGCCGCCCGGUCGGUCGAGCAGGUGGCCUCUUCCAUAUUCGUGCUGGGCCGUUCGCCCACCCAGGAGCGCCGGCGAUCAGAAGCGUCGCAGCGCGUCCCCCCGCGCCUGUCCGAGCUGCCGACCCUGUCCAGAGGCGUCACCGUCGGCCGCAACGCGAGGUUCUACAACUUGACCGCCCGGGACCGGGAGGAGCUCGGCGGCGUCGAGUACCGCGCCCUCAAGCUCCUGCUCGUCAUCACCCCCGCCUACUUCUUCGGCCUGCACCUGUUCGGCGUCAUCUGCCUUCUCCCGUGGAUCCACAACGCCCCUUCCGUGUACACGGACUAUCUGGAAGAGUGCGGGCAGGACAAGACUUGGUGGGCUUUUUACUCGGCGCAGACUAUGGUUGACAAUCUGGGCUUCACCUUAACCCCUGAUUCGAUGAUCAGCUUCAGGGAUGCCACGUGGCCCAUGCUUGUCCUGACGUUCCUCGCGUUUGCCGGCAACACGUUAUACCCGAUAUUCCUACGCCUCCUCAUCUGGGUCCUCUUUAAGUUCGCCCCCGGCCAGUCGUCGUUGAAGGCGUCGCUCAAGUUCCUCCUCGACUACCCCCGACGCUGCUAUACGCUGCUGUUCCCUAGCCGGGUGACGUGGGUGCUGUUCGUCAUCCUGGUCGUCCUGAACUUCGUCGACGUCGUCCUGAUCCUCGUCCUCGAUCUGGAAAACCCGGAAGUCAACACCCUCGCGCUAGGGCCGCGGAUCCUAGCCGCCCUCUUCCAAGCGGCGUCGGCGCGCCACACCGGCACGGCGAGCUUCAACCUUGCCAACGUCAGCCCGGCUGUGCAGUUUAGCCUGCUUGUGAUGAUGUACAUCGCGGUCUUGCCCAUUGCGAUCUCGAUCCGCGCGUCGAAUACGUACGAGGAACGGACGGUAGGUCUCUAUUCGCCGGCCCACAAUCUGGAUGAAUAUGAGGGGGAUAGCCGGUCCUACCUCGUCAUGCACCUGCGUAACCAACUCAGCUUUGAUCUGUGGUACCUUUUUCUCGGCACAUUUCUCAUCUGCAUCGCCGAGGCAGACAAGAUUGCAGACAUCAACAACCCGGCAUUUGCUGUCUUCCCGAUCUUUUUCGAAGUCGUAUCUGGAUAUGCCAAUGUUGGCCUGUCCCUCGGGCACCCCAGCGUGCUGACUUCGCUGUCGGGCCAGUUCACGGUCUUUAGUAAGGUCGUCGUGUGCGCUAUGAUGCUCAGGGGCCGCCACCGCGGCCUGCCGUAUGCACUCGAUCGUGCCAUCAUGCUGCCCGACGAGCGCCUCACCGAAGAUGGCGGUCGGGUUGAUGCAUAGCGAUUUGUGAUGAGGAUAAGAGGACAUCAAGGGGGACAUACCUUGGUUAGCAUGGCGCAAGGGUCUAUACUAUACGGGGAGAUAUG